CAGCUGCGUCACUUCUCAAACUGACAGGAAGAAAGCAUGCACCACAUGGUUCUGCCCUAUGCGUCUGCUUGCUUCUCUUCAGAAUUUGUCUACAUUCGUUUCUGCCGAUUUUUCUUUGUCCAGAGAAAGACUUUGAGGCAAGACCUAUCCCAAAUCUUAUUUAUCCCUAUUUUCCAAGCUGUUUGCCCUCUUUUCCCGUUGGCUGGUUGAGUAGCAGGGCGUGAGACUGGUUGUUGGGGUGUUUGGGGCAUAGAGGCAGAUGGCUCUUGGUGUGUAGUGCAGUGGAAAAGCCACUGUGUGUGGAGGAGAGGAGUGGAAACAAAAGGAAAGAGAGGAUUUGGCAGACAUGGGAUGUUGCAGCGUGACCCCGAUAACCAAAGGAAUCGAUGAUGUGGGUCCAGACGAGAUUGAGCUUCUGGAGAUUAACGGUGCAGGGGUCUGGUCUUUAGGAGAAAGCAAGCUGCAGGUUUCCUUAAAGAAUGAGACAGAUGAACCUCCUAAACGUUCUCCACCUGCUAGGAAUAUUACCAAAGAGGGGACAGAUGAACCUCCUCACCGUUCUCCGCCUACCAAGAAUCUACGAAAUGCUAUGAAAGAGGGCUCAGAUCCAAUCUCUGCAAAAGAGUCUGCUCAGAAAAGGAACUCACAAGUGGUACUGUGGGGCCAGACUAAAGAUGAGCUACACCAAAAGCUGUACACGCAUCCAAUCCGAGACUGGGAGGGACGAGCGGCACACACUUAUGGAGACAUCAUUUACUCUUCUCUAGUGUUUUUACAUAAUGGCUACAUGAGGGCUAUGGCUGAAAGAUAUCUGGUUCUUUUUUCUUUUCAUUUAUUAAUCCUCGCCCUGGACAACUCGGCUCAUGAUUUCAUCUAUGAGGGCAUACUUCCUCUGUCAGCAAUUGACGUGAGAGUGAUUUCUCAGCAUGACCCCUGUGCUCCACACAUGUUUGAGAUCAGUGGGCCCAUGGUGGACUCUAAGAUUUUCAUCUGUGCCAGUGCUGCUGAGCAAAGGAUCUGGAUUGAGAACAUAAAGGACAGGAGAUGCAAAUCCCUCAGACAGCAGCUCAGCCCUUCUCACAGUGCUCUCUCCUACCUGUUGCCAUGUGAUGAGGGCUGGAAGAGGGAGGAGCUGAAGCGGUACCUGCUGAGGUCUCCAAUAUUGCAGUGGGAGGGAUCCCCUAUCCAGCACAUGGGCCAACCUGCCUACAUCUCAUUGGUACACAUUAGCAAUUCACAGAGACAGGGAUCUCAGGAGCGUCUCAUUGUGCUCUUUCCUCUGGACCUCCUUAUCCUGUCUGUUGACAGUCAGCGGCUCAGGGUCAAAUAUGAGGGUCGUCUGCCAAGGAAGAGUAUCAGAGCUUUGGAGAGAUCUGCCCGGCAUGGGAGACUUGAAUUCGAACUUACAGGAGACUUGAUGGAAUCGCUAUUGGUCUCAUGCACUUACCCAGAAGACUACCAGAGUUGGAUUUUCCAAUUACAACAGCCUGAAAAGACACAAGCAUUUCCUAAUCAUACACCUCCACCUCUUAUACCGAAGAAGCGCAGAAGCUGAAGUCAAAAAGCAAAGGCAUGCAACCGUCACUACUCCGGUUCACAGAGGUUAUUCCAGGUCCUGGACUAACAUCUGUCCUACACAUUUAUUGUUUUCACUGCCUUAACCCACCUAAUUCAACUAAUCAUCUAAUUAACUGGGAGUGUUGAAGCAUGUAAACACUAAAAGGUGUAGGACAAGUGGUGUUCCAGGACCAGGGCUGGGAACCUGUGAUCUGCAAUAGUAAAAAAAAUAAAUAAAUUCAUUGCAUGAAAUUGCCUUUAAACAGGACUAUGUUCUUUUGAUCUGAUCUAACAUGUACAGCUUCUGUCCAAUGAAAAUAUUCUAGACUUGCAUGCGGCAACUUGUACAGAUAUGCUUUUCAUCUAAAUGUAAUUAAAAUGUGUAGAUUCAAAUAUGAUGCAUCAUUAGACCAGUGAAUUCUUGCAAAAUGCAUGUAUGUGCCUUUACUGAAUGAAGCCAGAAACCUGCUUGCUUUCUGAACAACUUUGUUUUCUUCUUUAAAAAAAAUCCUUCUCUGAGACACACUUUAUUUUCAUUAGGUGUGCAUUCCUGAGCUGCUGCAGUAGAUCUCUCUUAUCUUAUUAAGCUCAGCUCUUGUUCUGCAGCCAUCACUACUCUGAUUUAGAACAGUCACAAACUCAGGAAAACGAAGUCUGAAGAUCUUGGUAUUGCUGUCACAAUAAAGCUAUUCAGUUUACCUCA